AUGUUGACGACCAGAUUGAAGAAGAAUCGCAAGAAGCAUGGGGACGUGAGCUCUGGACGUGGUGGUAUCAGAAAUCAACGAAAGCAUCCUAGAGGUCAUGGUAAUGCCAAGUAUUGCACCACCAUCGAAUCCUCUUCGACAAGCAGUAUUCGGGUUACUUUGGUAUGGUUGGUAUGCGAUGUCAGGAACCAAAGACAAAGUUUCGCGAUUAAUGUAGAAGGAGUAGAAGGGUCAAAAUGGACAGAGUAUAAUGUCAAUCGGUGGAAGGCAGCCCUUGCAGAGGUUGCUGAUUUGACCGGCAUGGUUUUUUCGGGGUCUGAAACAGAAUUUAUCGCAGAAAUUGUUGAUACAGUUAACCGUAAACUAGAUAUGAAACUAGUAAGUACUCCAGCUCAUCUAAUUGGAAUGGACACUCGAGCUGUAGGUAUCAAUACCUGGUUGAAAAAUGAGCAAUCUGUUGCUAAUGUUUUAGCAAUCUGUGGCAUGGGAGGCAGUGGCAAGACGACUCUGGCCCAAUUCAUUUAUAACUCAAACAGGCAAAAUUUUGAAAGCAGCAGUUACCUUGAAGAGAUCGGAAAGCACUCUAAACAGUAUGAUGGUUUGCUUGGGCUACAGAAACAACUUCUCACAGACAUUCUAGGGGGAAAGAAUAUUGCAAGUAUAUCUAGUGUAUCUGCGGGGACAAGGAAGGUUGAGGAAGCCUUACAAGUGAAAAGAGCGCUUAUUAUUCUUGAUGAUAUUGAUGAACAUGACCAAUUAGACGCUUUACUUGGAACAAGGGCUUCUCGUACUCCAAGCAAGAUCAUAAUAACAACUAGGCUUUUAGAUAUACAUGCAUGGUUCAGAUCCAUAUCUUGGAGGUGCGAGGUGCAAAAAUCCGAAUUGUUGAAUGAUCAUGAAUCAUUAGAUCUUUUAAGUUGCCAUGCAUUUGGAUCCAAAAUUCCUAUGGAAGGUUUCAAGGAUCUCGCAUUCCAAUUAGCACAAUAUUGUGGUGGAAAUCCACUAGCUCUUAAAGUAUUGGGUUCUUCUCUAUUUUCUGAUGCUGAAGAGCCAAGGGAAAAAAAUAGUAUGAUAGACGUUUGGAGAAGUACUUUGAAUUCGCUGAAUUCAAUGAAAGGAGAUCUUGAUUGUAAAAUUCAAGAGAUGGCAAGAAACAUAGUCCUGAAAGAGUCCAGAGAUCCUGCAGCCCGCAGUAGAGUCUCACAAAAUGAUGAAUCGUAUCGUUUGUUGAGAAACGGAGAGGGUUCAAAAACAAUUGAAGGUUUUUCACUUAACAUGCAAAAGCUUGGGGAAGGGAUGACAUCAAAUCCAUCAACCCUUGAAACAGAUUCACUUGCAAAAAUGGACAAACUGAAAUUGCUCAAGCUAGAACAUGUGGAACUCAACGGGUCCUACAACAAUUUUUCAGAAUUAAGAUGGUUGUAUUGGACUAAUUUUCGAUUGAAAGAAAUACCAUCCGGCUUAUUUGGGAGCAACUUGGUGGCUAUGCAUAUGAGCUAUGGAUGGUUGGAAAACUUUGAACCACCCAUGGUUCUUAAUUCGCUGAAGAUCCUAAAUCUUAAAUGGUCAUUCAAACUUGUCAGUGUCCACCAUCUUUCCCGACUUCCUAAUCUCGAGACUUUGAUUCUCUCGUAUUGUUUCCGUCUCAGUCUGACUCAUGUUUUGGAAACCAUCAGAGGUCUUAAGAAGCUUUCUCUAUUGGACUUUGGAGGGUGUAAUCAAUCUUGGAAAGUUGGUCUAUGUACUACUGUUGGAGGAAUGCCAGAAUCGUUGUUAGUCCCCUUUCCAGACUCGUUAAAGCUUCUGUUUCUCUAUCGCUGCAGUAAUCCGUUAACGCCCCUUACCAAUCUUAAAAUGCUUCGGGUACUCGAUGUGAGUAGUUGUCCAAAUAUAAAAUCCCUCCUUUGUCUCCCAAGUACUCUAGAAGAGUUGUGUACAUCUUGGUGUUCUUCACUGAAGAAAAUAACAUUCGAUUCUGCUGGGUUCAGAUUGCGGAAAUUUGAAUAUCUCGAUUGUGCAAAUUUGUGUGAAAUUCAAGGCCUUUUCAAAUUGGUGCCGUUAGAAAGACUUGAUGAAGAAGAUUUGGGACAUAUGAAAUGGAUCAAAGCAUAUCAACAUCAUGGGUUGACCCUCAUAGAUGAUGGUGUCCUUAGAUAUGGUUGGGAUGUACAUGGUUGGCACAUACAGGUGCUGUAUGAAUAUGGUAUAAGGAGCACAUAUCUUCCAGGCAUAAGGAUUCAAAGCAUGCCAACGCCCAAAUAUAUGUCAUCGUCUGCAUCCUUAUCCUUUCGUGUGCCUUCUUGUCCUGAAAAAUUCAAGAUCCGAGGGUUAGACGUAACCUCCUCAUACAGACGAUCAGGCAUAUCUUUUUCUGCUUCAUACAAGGAUAAAUACACGCAGGCUUUGUUCGCCAAAGUCAGCAAUACAAGCAAGGGCCUUACUUGGAUGUAUAACCCUGUGAUCUAUGCCGAUCCGGAAGAUGGAAGAGAUAAAAAAGAUGCUGUGUGGUUAAGCUAUUGGCCCAUUGGGAACAUAUUAGAUGCUGGUGAUGAAAUCAAUGUGUCCAUCAUUGUGGGGGAUGGAUGGAUGGUAAGCAGCUGUGGUGCUAGCCUUGUGUUCAUAGAUGAUGGUGAAGAAGAGCCAAAAUACUACAAAGAUUACAAGAAAGAGGAAGAAAUUAUUGGAGGAGAUGUAUCUGAAUUUGAGCUGACUACAGGAGCCUACUAUCUUUGUCGUCGCGAUUACUUCAAGUCAACCACUCCUGAUUGGUUAAAUAUGUUAGUUGGUGAUACCAUUCCACGUAAAGACUUACAUGGAUGGAGAAAAUCUCAUCAGAACGACUCUAAAACAUCAUAUAUGGAGCCGUUUGCUUACAGAGACGACCCGUAUUCCGAUUGAUUCUAAGUAUUGUACUUUUAAUCAUUCUUUUUGGCAUGAAAUACCAAUAUUUGUUUGUAAAUUCAAAUCAAUUUUCUACUUAUAUCUCUUAACCUACACUAACCUAUAUAUUCAUUAUAUAAAUGAAUAGGGCUCUCAAAUUAUACCAUGGAAAACCAUCCAACAUGCUUUUAACUAUGCUAUUAACUGAAGCAAGAAAGUUGGCAGUCAAUAUGUUUGGUUGGUUAUUAAAAAUAUGGGAGUAGAGAAAAGAUACAAAGGUGAAUGACACAAGUGAUAUUUGAGGAAUUAGUGACGGAGAAGGAGAAAAAAGAAGGCAUCAGAAGAGAAGAAAACAAGGAUAAUGAUUUAGGAGGCUUAUGGACUUUAACUAGGUUUUAUGUACAAUUACCGGGGAACUUUUUUUUACACGACUUACAAAUAAUUUUUUAAUUUUGUACACCAUUUAGCAAUUAUCUUCUAGUUUAAUUCAA